AUGGAAGAAUUGGAGGUCAAAGAGAUGUUCUGUAUGAUUGAUAAGAAACAACGUGGUAGAAUCACUUGUAAACAAUUAAGAAAAUUUCUAAGGAGACAUGACGCUAAAUUCAGUAAGAAAUCUGUAAGAAAUUACGUCAAGUCAAUAGACAGUGAUGGGGAUGGUAAAUUAACAUUGGAUGACUUUAUGAGAGCGCUUACCAAAUGUGAUCAUACAAAAUAA